AAGCCCCUCUCCUUCUUUAGGCGGCGCUAGGAGGAGCCUGGUGGCUCGGGCGCCCCCCCCCCCCCCGCCUCCCUCCCUCCCUGCAGGCGGGCCAGGCCAGGCCGGCUGCCCGUCUCCAGACAGUCGCCGGGGUGGCCCGCCACAGCUCCGAAGCCACGUGCGCGCCAUCCGUCAUGCCUCCCCGCGGGGCCCCCCCACGCCCCUGGGUGCCCGAGGCGGGGCCGUGGGCAGCCCUCUGCGCGCCGGGCAGCGGCAGCCCCGAGCCCGGCCGGUCCCCGGCAUGACUCCGCGGCAGAGAAUGCGCCGGCCGCCAGCAGCCCAGCCAGAAAAUGAAGCCGGUUGUGCAAAGGCGGCGGUCUGCCUCAGCUAUCAGCAAAGCUCUCAGCAAGACCAAAGCCAGCAGGGAACUUAUUUUUCCCUUGUCCGAUCCUGACAAUGGCUUACUAGCUGGGGCCUUUAGUAGCCCAGACUCCACAUUUCUCCUGGAUGAGCGCGUGCAGUUGACUGUGGGCUUGCAGACUCAAGAGCGCCAUUUGUUCCUCUUCAGUGACAGACUAAUUGUGGCAAAGUCUAAGUCUCCCUCCAACUUGAAAAUGAAGAAGCAGGUACGACUUAGUGAGGUGUGGACAGGCUCCUGCCUCAGUGAAGUGUCGGAGAAAAAGAUGAGCCCUGAGAAUUCAUUUGUUCUUGGCUGGCCCACCAUUAACUUCAUUGUCACUUACAGCUUGCCUGAAGUGAAAGAAAGAUGGCUGUCAACGCUGCUAUGGCAUAUUAAUGAAAUGAAGCAGAAUGAACAUCCCAAAAGUUUCCCCAUGCAGAUUCUGUGGAUGAGUGGCAGCAGCAGCUCCUGUAACACGACAAUAAGCGUAUCAAACAUGGAGACAGCAGACAACGUCAUCAAGAAGACAACACAAAACCUGGGACUUUUGGGCCGACCAAGUGACUAUUACUUGUGGGUAAUAUCAGGAAGGGAUGAUCCUGCAUACCCUCUUAUUGGUCAUGAGCAUCCCUUCAGCAUUAUUUUUGGCGGCCUCCAAGACUCUCUAGACCAGUUCCAGGGAACGAACAAUGGCAUGCAGCUGUCGGAUGAAAACGAAACUUCCCUCUUGGAUCAGCUCCCCAGGGAUAGACAGUGCCAGUUCCUCCUAAAACCCAAGCCCCAAGCCCCAGUGCAACUGCAAAGAGAAACUUUCCAUAAACUCACCAGGAGGAAGAAAUCUUUGAUUGAUUGGGCCCUCCGCCGAAGUACCAACAUCCUAACAGCCAGCCCAGCAUCCCAGUCCCCAACCACCCCAAGGAAGCUCUUUGGUCUGUCCCUGACAUCUGUUUGUCCUGAUGGAAGCCUUCCCAAGCCAAUCAUGGAUAUUCUGCAGCUCCUCUACCAGGAAGGUCCCUCUACCAGGGGCAUCUUCAGGCGCUCAGCAAAUGCCAAGAUAUGGAAAGGGCUGAAAGAGAAGCUGAACUCUGGAGAUGACGUGCGAGUGGACCGUGAAUCUGUCUUCGUCGCAGCUGCAGUCAUCACAGAUUUUCUGCGAAAUAUACCUGAUAGUGUUCUAUCCUCAGAAAUGCACAGUCUGUGGAUGAAAGCCAUGGAUAAAGAAACCCGAGCGCAUAAGAUUGAAGCAGUCAAAAGUUUAGUGAAUCAGCUCCCAGAAGCUAACCUCAUUCUGCUCAGACACCUCUUUGGAGUCCUCCAUCAUAUUGAGCAGAAUUCCAUGGAGAAUCAAAUGAAUGCUUUUAACCUGGCUCUCUGUAUCGCCCCCAACAUGCUCUGGCUUCCCAGCCCCACGGGGCCAGAAGAGGAAAGCAAGUCUACAAAGAAGGUGGCCAUGUUGGUGCAGUUCCUGAUUGAAAACUCUGCUGAGGUCUUUGGAGGAGAUGUUGCUUUGCUCUUUCGAGGAACAGAGAAGCAGAAGUCAGGAAGCCUGGACAACUUGCUGGCACAACACAAUGAUUCCUCAGAUGAGAUGGAAUAUGCCACUUCCUAUCAAGAAAUGUCAAAGCAACAUUACGUGGUAGGCACAAGGGAGGGUAUAUUCGCCCCGCCUGGUGAGAAGCCAGAAGAGUGGGACUUGUUCAGUGAGAUCACUGCUUGCUACCAAAGCAAAGCCUGGAAGAACGCCAGCGUGGACAGCUACGGCCUCCUGGAGGAAGAGGCCUCCUUCUGCUCCGAAGGCUCCAUGUGCUCACUGAGCCCAGCGAGGUAUAGGUGCUCCUCAGAACCCAGCGUCUGCCUGAGCUCUCAGCUCCCUACUCAAGACCAUGAGCCAGUGGCCCGGCAGUCCAGCUGCGAUGCCGCCCUCAUGCAUGGCCAGGGAGACCACAUCUGCAGGCUCCAGCAGCUGCAGCUGGAGAGUCAGAAGCUCAUUAACGAAGGCCUGAGUCCUGGGCUGAGCGGAGCGAGGCAGACAUCCUGGAGGCGAUCCCCUGGCCCAAGUGGGAGCUUGGCAAAAAGCUUCACUCUGCAGAAGUCAACUCUGUCCAACAGGUCCAGCUUCUCCAGCCUUUCCUCGGCCACCACAUCCCCCUCAGCUUCCUCCCUCAGCUCUUUGGACAGUGCGUUCUCGUACUGCUCCGAAGCGUCUGCCUUCAGCCCCACGGAUCUCUCCCCCCUGCCACUCAUGUUUGGCACUUCCGCCAGACUCCAUGCCUCAUCUCCAAAGGUGGCAAAGAGGUCCUCAAAAGAGUGGCACAAGCCUUUGACCUCACCUCUGCCCCUGAAACCUGGCACUGUGGAAUUGUGCAUUGAGAAGGGAGGGCGAGGCAUGGAGGGCAGCCGUAACCAAGGGCAGGUCAUGGGCUUUGUGCCCACCAAUGCUUUGGAAAGCCUCCAUAGUGAAAGCAGCUGGGAAGAAGGCGAAAAGGAGGUGAGGAAGACAGGGAUUCUCCCUCAAGCCCUUGCGAACCACGGCACGGCAACGUCCAGCCCCAGCCCUCCGGUCCCUCAUCUGGAGAGCAAUCCGCUGGUUAGUCAGCAAGUGCAGAGAGAGAAGUCAGUGAAGCACAUAGAGAUAAAGGGCCUGGAAGCUGCCCCUCGUGGCCAAGAAAGACUGAAACGCACUAAGGUAACAGUGUACAUGGCCCCAAAAGAAAGAAGUCCACGGGCAUCUCCGGUGAGACAAGAAGACGAGGAUGUGGCCACAAGUACCAGCUCAGGUGGUAGCAGCAACCCAAAUGCUCCCAAGAAUCUACACACAGUAAGAGUUAAUAUUCCCCAGACAGUCUUUUAUGGGCAAAGCACUCCAUUGGUUCUGCAGUCCACCUCCAGGAGGUACCACCGCAAAUUGGUGACCCAACCACCACAGGUGAUAAUCCCCCCAAGUGACCCUCUUCUGGAAGACUCCGUUCAGCAGGUGGCAGUCACCAGGAGCCACAGCAAGGAACACGGCAGCAGCACCGUUAGCCACACCUUUCGCAUCCUCCUCCCAACCUCCAUUCGCAACACCAUCCGGGAGUACUUCAGUCAUGACAGUCCCAAGAGCUGCUACUCGGUGGAUGCGGAUGCCGUAGAGAGUGAACUGGUCCGGAGCAGGGCAGAGUGGCUCAGAAACCAGCCCUGUGCCUCACCAGCAGCGAAGGAGCAGAAUAACUUGAUGUUGGCAGAAGAAACAUUUGUCUAGGAGCUGCACACCAAAAGUGAUGCCUUCACUAUGGGUGUUUUGUUUUGUUUUUGUGUGGUAGAGUGGGGUGUGAAAGGGUCGUGUAAGAUAUCUACCUUAAUCAGGAAUCUUAACAGGUUGCCUCUAUCAGCACACAAGUAAAUAUAUAAAUAAUAUUGCAAGCUUCUUCCUAUCUGUAUUUUGUACUCAUCAGACAAGAAAUGAAGUCUUCCUGUCUUGUGCUUGAAGGCUGGUAGUCCAGACAAAACUUUAAACAUACUGGGAUGCUGCACAUUUCCUACUUUGUCCAAUGCUCUUGCUCAAAAAUCACAGAAAGGUGAUUGGGUGUGUUGAGCGAGUACAAGGAGAACAGCACCCCAAGUUUCCAAGGAACCCAAGAACUAGGAGGGCCAAAUGAGACUGGCCUUCUCGCAGAUUUCGGCACACUGAAAAUUCCUUUGCUUCCUAUUGUAAGUUUUAGUGAUUUCUGUUCUUGUUGGAAUUAAAAUACUGGUUUUGUUGAGACACCUGACUACAUACAUCUGCAACUGGUAUUGUACUCUUCCCCAUGUGCUGGGUUCGUUGUGCUAAUGAGAUGGAACAGUGUGAAACUCUAUCUGUGUCCCUGGUCUUGAAGUUCUCAGGCCCGUGACCUCACUUCCCCUUGUUCCUGGCUCCAUCUCAUCCAAUGUCUCUUUUGAAACUGCAGAUCAUUGUGACAUUAAUUUCAUAGAGAAGAGCCCUUGUUAAAUUGAUUGCGCCCAAAAGUCUGAACCAAAAUUUGAAAGGCCAAGAAAUAGUGAGACAAGACAAGUAUCUGGACAGGAAUGCGCCUUGGGCCUAUCAUGGAGACAGACACAGGUGACUCGCCACUGCUGUUCUCUGCAUUCUUCCUUGGUGGUCUCCCAUCAAGUGGCAGACCUGCUGACCUUGGAACAUAAUGAAUUCAGGCUGUCUUUCUUCCCUAAAAAGGUAGUAAUCCCAGUGGUACUUCCUUCCAGGUUGAUCGCAGCUAAUUUUUCAGUUUUCAGUUGGUGUAUUCAGCUUUCACUUAUUUUUACCAGAACCUUUCCCAAAUGUUCUCAAUGGUUGGGUCCUUGCUUUCUCCAUAUGACAUACUUACUCUGAGAAAGAAAGCACUUUUUAAACAAUAGAUGGGGGGAACCCUUUCUGUCUAUGAACUCAAGUGCCUCUCCUGGUCACUUUCUGGAGAAAUCUGUUUGGUUUCCAUGCAAUGUGCAAAGAAGUCUACAAGGAUGAAGCAAGUGGUGUGGUGGUGAGAGAGGAGUUGGUCAGCUCAUCCGGGUAUGUUUGUUGGGGCUGUUUUCCAUACAGGGAAGAACUGGUCCUGUUUAAGCUCUCUUCAGCUGUUGGCUGGCUCUCCUGCCGGUUUAUAAGUUGGCAAGAGCCGUUUUGCACAGCUGACCUGUCAUGGUUUGGCUUGCCUCAGUGAAUGCUCCGCAUCUAGUGGCUUAGUAUGAAAGUGAGAGCAAAUGAAGGCUAGCUUAGUCAGUAUUCUUUCACAGGUUAUUCACUGUGUUCCUCCCUCAUCAACAAAGCAUUUUUAGUUCAGCUGGUUUUUCAUCUACUCCCACACCCUAUAUAAAGUUGAACAUUUCACUAGUCAGGAUGUGUGACUCGGCGGAAGAGCCUCUGCUUGCUGUUCAGAUGGUCCCUCACUCAAUCCUCAGCCUCUCCAGUUAAAAAAGGACCAAGCAGCAGGUGAUGUGGAAGCUCCUUUUCUGCCUGAGACCCUGGAGACCCGCUGAGUAGGCAGCACGGGAUUGGAGGGAAGGAUGUUCUGAUUCAAUAUUAGGCAGCGCCAUUGGUAGUUUGAUUUUAAAGGGGAGAGGAGUGUUUCUGACUUGACACCCAUGGCUGGUUCACUCCAGAACUGACUACACAACUACCUCCAUGAAAAGUCUAGGAGGUUGCAGGAGAGCACUGCCAAGCAUCAGCCAGCCCAGAACCCGCUGCCCUGGAAAGAGAAGCACAGCAUGGGGGUGCACAUAAAAGGCUGCCCGACAGCAAUGAACCCACAGCAAACUGCAGCAGCGGGGCUCAGCUCUUGACCCCCCCCCCCCCGGGGCGUAUUUCCCAGCUGGCUUGUUUCAGCUUUUGCAAGGGGUCGUCUGUGUGAGAGCACCACAGACAGCCCCACGCUGUACACAUUUACUUCAAAGGAAACGAUUGAAGGGUUAGGAGGGCUGAGUGGCAGAGGUGGUCCUGACAGAGAAGGGAUGCAACUGGGAAAUGCAUGACUGGGGGAUGUGUGAGGCUGAAGGUACAGCAAGGUCUUCCAAGAGGAUCUCGGCCACACUGGAGAAGUCUGGAACGAGGCCAAUUUGCUGAGAUUGACUGGGUGUGGGCCGCCUGCUCUCCCUUCCGCUGGGUCCCCAGUGCUCUUGCACCAAGAGGAAGUGACAGGUCUCCUCUCACUAGUGUUCUGGGACACAGGCACUGAAUGCUUUCGAUGAGAAUCAGACCUUUGUGGAACAGAAGUCCUUUUGAUUUGUUUGACUCUUCUCUGCCAACCUGUGUCUGCUUUUAGUGUUCCUUCAAUUGGCAGCAAGUAGAAUAUACUUGUACUACCAAUCCACCACUGUCAUUUUGUUGUGCACAUAAAUUCAUUAAAGAACCGUUUCUAAGCUAAUGGUUGUAAAUACUUCAAUAAAAAUACCUUUUUCUUUGUCUUA